AUGGCUAUUGGUAGUACAACAACCACGCUCACAAUGGAAGGUGUGGUUGCUUCGUUACUAUUAGAAGAAACACGAAGAAAAUCUUCUGAGAUGGUCAAGGAGGCUCUCGCUGUUAGAGGCAAGCAAGAGGACAAGAAGACUAAAUCCAAGUCAGAGGAAAGUUCUAAGUCUCCUAGAAAGAAGCCCAAAGGUUGGAGGGCAGGUGUUGCAGAUCCAGGGACAACACCUCAGUAUGAUGCAUGGGAGGAGAGGGAGGGAGAUGACAGAGGAGAUGGGGGCGGAGGAGGAGAUGAGGAGGGAGGAGAUGAAGACGAGGACAUAGAUAUCAAUGGAGACAUUGAGUCCAACAACAAUGGAGAUGAUGAUGAUUCGACUUCAGGAUCAUCAAGAAGCAAGGAUGGGGAUGAAAUUGACAUGCCCAAGUUAGAGGAUGCACCAGCUGCAGAGGGAGGUGGGGACGAGGAUGAUGAUGAUCCACAAAUUCUUAGAGCAUGGAUUAAGAGUAUAGAGGAUGAGGUUGUGAGGUUGAGGGAGAAAUAG